GCUGGAAGCUUGAUUCGUCGCCGCGUCCCAGCGGUCGGCACCGCGGAGCGUCGCGCGGACGAGUCUCGGUCGUGUGCCUCAGUCCUCCACUUGUGGGCCACUUGGAACACCGUGACUUCUCCAUAGCUCCACAGUCUCCAGCCUCCCAGCUGGCUCUUGCUUCGUGUUACUUUCCAAUCCAGUCUCCACAUUGCCAGGCUAUAUGGCCAUAGUGAGGACACAUGAACAGAGGAAGAAAGUUUCUUCUGGCCUCAGUUCUUGCUCUCCAGAAUUCCAAUUUUAUCUAUCCUUCAUGUCAGAAGUGCUUCUCUCGGAUAAUCCUGGUCUCCAAAAGGUCUCAUUGUCCAAAAUGUGGCUCUACUGGUAAAGCUGAAAAUGUCAGUUACAGAUACAAACUUUCCUUAAAAAUUGCAGACUCAAACAACUUGUUUGUCAUUACUGUAUUUGGAAGCUGCUUAGAUGCAUUUUUUGGUCUUACAGCCAAUGGUUUGCACAGGUACAUUCAAGAUCCUGAUGAGAUUUCAGAAACACUGGACCGUGAUGCAAUUCAUAAUCUGUUAACUAAAGCAGUUGAAAUUUGCUUUGUUGGACAAAGUUUUAUUUUUGGAGUGACGAAUUUUGGAAACCAACACGGACAAGGUUCAGAUUCCAAUAACUUCUUAAAGCAGUGCUCUGACCGCAAGAGAGAAGUUAAAGCAUUAGUAGCUUGCCAGGUUGUUCUACCAGACCUGGGUGUUGCAGGCUUGACUGUCAUUGACUACUUCCAUCAGCUUUUGCAACUCUCUGAUUCCAGGAAACUUGAUGGCAGCUCCCAGGCAUCAAAUAGCCACUUACUUGCUUUAGAACAGACAAAUAGUGAUCCCCUCAGCAUAUGUGGCCCUGAAAGCAGUUCUUGUUUUUUCAAGUCCCAUGGAAGAGAUAAUUUUUCAAGAUUCCGGCAGGCAUCACUUGAACUCACUUCUACUCUUUCACACCUAACAAAUGAUUUUUCAGCUUUAGAACAAAGCAAGGCCAUUGAUACUCUUCACCAGAACAGAAAGCACAUCUCUUUUGCAGAGGCCACUGGUUCUAAUAGGUGUCAUGAUGCCUUUCAGGGUUCUUGGAGCCUUAUUUCAUACAUGGAUAAAAAGAGCACAGCACAGAAAUUGAGUGAAGAAGUUGACUUACAAGCUUAUCAGCCCCGUGCUGUCACUAGCAGUCAUGAAAUCAGAGUUACUGACUCUGAUUUUUCCCCUUUGAAAAUGCAAGAGCCCCUGGAGUCAAGUAAUAAAAAAUCCUUCCAUAGUGCUGUGGAAAUUAAUAAGUAUUCCCCACAUGAGCUAACAUGUCACCAGUAUCAUGAUUUAGAUAACCCCUUUAGCCUUCAGAAGAGAUCUACAUGUUGUCCACCUUCAUCACUCAGACAUGAAGAGAUAGUUAGUGGUUCCCAGGACUGUGACCCCGAGAUUUGGGAUGAUCUGCCAUUCUCUGAAAGCCUGAAUGAGUUUCUGGCAUUUGUCGAAAGUGAAAUUGCUAUAACCCAGAGAGAUACCAGUAGUAGAAAAUGUCAUCUAGAUAAUGACAUCGAUAGAUUACAUGCAGACCACAGCAAGUUAUCUGUGACUUCCCAGAGAACUACUGGAGACUUACAUACACCACCUAUAGCUUUAAGAUUAUCUCAAGCAACAAUCAAAGCAAGCUAUAACAAAGUCCUUUCUAACUGUGAAGAAAAUCCAAGUCCUACUGUUCAGAAGGAGUCACAGUCAAAUGACACAGCGGAGGCUGUUUCUAUAAGUAGUAAUGGAAGUGAUAUUUCUGAAUAUUUGCCACCAAAUGCUUAUCUGUCAGCUCUGUUUCCAUCUUCAAAAGGUUCAGAAACAAUAGGUACUCUUAAAUCUACCAGAAUUCCAUCACAUAAAGCUGAAACUAUACUUAAGCACACUACCUCAGAGAGUGACCAUUCUUGUCUCAAUAGCAAAUAUUUCAAAAGAUGUGGAGUAAAAUCACUUUCAGAAAUGAAUGAAAAGUUGGUAACUUUGUGUUCAAGGAGAUAUAAUAAUGUUUCUGACCUUUGCAAUUUAGAAAAUAAACAACAUUGUAGGUGGCCAAAGAACCAAGGUGACAGUUUUACAAUCUGCAGAAAACUUACAUAUCCUUUAGAAACUCUUUGCAGUAGUCCAAAUAGAAGUACAAAUACACUGAAAGAAAUGCCUUGUGGAGGUAUCAAUAACUCAACACAGAACUCUUCUACUGGUCACGAAGGUAGCUAUAAUGCUUCUGCCGAUCUCUUUGAUGAUAGUGCUAAAGAAAUGGACAUUACGACAGAAAUUGCCAAAAAGUCACAGAACAUUUUGCUACAGUGGGGAAAAUCUUUGACAGAAAGUCAUCGUACAGAAUCAAAUUUCUCACUGAGAUCACUUCCUAAGAAUUCCAACCAGUCUUCACAGAAGUUGUCUUCACAAAGCAUAUCUGCCUCUGUGUGCCCAAGAAUCUGCUCUUCUCCACCUCGUUUUCAGUCAGAUUCAGAAUAUGAUUUUGGAGAUAGCCAAGACUUUGUUCCAUGUUCACAGUCAACUCCAGUUGCAGGAUUCCACCAAACAAGAAUUCAUGAGAUGAAAGGAACUUUGAAAAACUUACUUGCCUUUUAUACGGAUCUUGAUGCUAGCUAUAAAAAAAGACAGAUUUCCUCUGAAAAUGAUGCUCAGCAAGCCACCCCUAGCUGUCCAAACAAUGUAAAGACACCCAGCCAGAAAUUCAGAAGCCCUGUUAAAUCUGGUAUUAUACAACCAGAGGUUUUCAACGAUAGUCUUAUUGCUGAGUGUUCUGAAAGUGAUAAUGAAUGGAUCCCUCCUACCACAAAAAAAGUAUUUCCUUCAGAAAUUCUUGGAUUCCAAGCAAUGGGUCUAAGGAAAUGCUCUGCUGCCUGUGAUUCUCCUGAUGAAAAAGAGUUACCAAGAAAGAAACUGAAAUGUGUCGAACGAAUAAUGAAUUCAGGCUGGCUUUCCAAAGACUCGGGUUUGGGAGUUGGAUCUUGUUCAGAAGUCCAGUGUUGCUUUCCAUUUUCAGAAAAUUGGCCACCUUCCAUGCCUGAGACUAAAAGCAGUUGGUCUCCUGAAUUAUUUUCAUAAAAAGUCACCUGAACCCAACUGCUAAGCUUGUAAAGGUAAGUCUGUUUGGAAGCUUUUGCCUCCCGUGGUAUGGAAAGCAAUGUUAAGUUGUAAAAACCCGAACAGAAGCAAAUAGAAAAUAGGCAUUGUUGUACUUUUUAAAAUGUAAAGCCAUUGUUUUUCCCAGCAUUUUAUCCAGAAUACACUCGUUCAAAUACUUUGGCACUUUAUUUUACAUUGUUGAUUGUCCGUUAAUGAUAUUGUUAAUUUUGCUUGUUAAAAGUAUUUAUUAAGAUCACAUUUACAUUCAGAA